AUGCCUCUUCAAACGUCAUUGAACAAGCAAGAAGCGACAUAUAUUGUUGGGGUACUUUAUACCGGAAGCUUGCCGGAGAGGCCGAGUUUUAACGAUACAGUGCUGACUCCGGUAUCCGAGAAGUGGAAAGGGAAAUGUGAAACUGGACCUGAAUUCCCCGCUGCUGGAUCCAUUGUUAAGAAUGCUGCAGUGUUUGAGUAUGCCGUUUGGGAAGCGGAAGGGAUGGCAAUUCGGGCAUGGAUUGCUGUUUAUAAGAUUUGUUGGAGUUCUGGUUGUUAUGAUUCGCAUAUUCUUGCUGCAAUGGAUCAAGCUGUUGCGGAUGGGGUCGAUGUGAUUUCUUUGUCUGUUGGUGCUAAUGGUUAUGCGCCUCGCUAUGACCAGGACUCAAUUGCGAUCCGAGCGUUUGGUGCAAUGGAACGUGGUAUGUUGGUGUCAUGUUCUUCUGGUAAUUCAGGACCUGGUCCAUAUACUGCUGUGAAUAUUGCGCCGUGGAGAGAAUUUCCUUCUGAUGUGAUUUUGGGAGUGGGAGGGUUUUGGGCGGCGUUUCAUUGUAUUCUGGUGAGCCAUUAG